CGGGGAGGGGCUGGGGGGGUGCCUGUGGCUGAGAGGGGAGGCAGGGGCAGGCAGGGGCUCCCCAACCACCCCGGGGCAGGGCCCCUCUGCUCCUUGGCAGGGGGGGCCCAGGUCGGGCUGUGGGUGCCUGCUGGGACCCUUGUGCCUGCUGUGCCCCCUUCCCCUCCACAGCCUCUGGCCCUGCCCAUCAGCCAGCGUGGCAGGGACAGAACAGGCCCUCGGGGACAGUCCCUCAGGGACACCUGGCCCCGCAAAGGCGCUCAAUGGCUGUGCCGUUUGCUCUCUCCCCUCCAGCAUGCAUGCUGUGUGGCCGGGCAGAUGCUGACCCAAACAUCUGCGGCCCCAAACACAAAAGGAAUGGGCUCUGUGCCCACGCGUUUUGCCUGGUGAGUUCUCCGUGGCUCCUGUCAGCAUCCCACCAGGGACGGUCCCUUCCUCUACGACCCCUAAUGAGAUCCUGCUCUUUUCUCUUCUACAGUAUUUUGUGGAUAGCCUUUCACGGCGUGGAAGCAUGCGCAAACACAUAGAGGGGUACCGUCCUGACGACAUCCGAUGCGCGAUCAAGCGGGCAUCCCAGAAGGUGAGGACCUGAUGGGGAACAGGGAGGUUUGUGCCAGGAGAUGCUCCCGCAAGCUUAGCCUGGACCCCAAGGAAGCAAUCCCAGCCUUUCCAACCUGCUCCGGGACAAACUGCUGCUCUGGCAGACGAGCCUCGUCCGCCAGGCGGGUCUGCAGAGUGUGACCCAGCAGCGCCCGCACCCUGUGCCCUGCCCUGCCCAGGGGUGUGGGGCCAGCGGUGGCGGCGGCAUCGAGCCUGCUGCUAAUGGGGCUGCUGUGUUCUUUUCAGCAAUGCUUCGUUUGUGGCGAGCGAGGGGCCACCAUCACCUGCACGGAGACGGGCUGUGAACGCAGCUUCCAUCUCCCCUGCGCCUCGGAGGGAGAAUGUGUCACCCAGUUCUUUGGGCGGUACAGGUCCUUCUGCUGGGAGCACCGCCCUCAGCAGGCAGUGCAGGCAGCUCCAGAGCAGGACACCACCUGCACCAUCUGCAUGGACCCUGUGGGGGACAGCAAGUCCUACCACACCAUGGUGUGCCCAGCCUGCAGUCACGCCUGGUUCCACCGGGGCUGCAUCCAGGAACUGGCCAUACACACAGACAAUCACCGCAUCAAGUGCCCCGUCUGCAGAAACAGGGGGGAGUUUCGUUCAGAAAUGUCCAUCAUGGGGAUCCGAGGGAUCCGAGUCCCAGUCAGAGGACCAGCCUGGGAGAACAACAACGCCUCUGCAUCGCUGCAAGAGAGGUGCCGGCGCUGUACUGCCAGGGAAUGCCUUUACCCACAAGGCAGGGAGCAGGCGGAGGGACAGGGGCCCUGGCAGCUGCUCCUGUGCCGCUCCUGCGCUGCCGAAGGCACCCACCGGCGCUGCUCCAACUUGACCAACAGCGCAGGCACCUGGGAGUGCGACAGCUGCGCUGGCGUGGGCACCAGCAGCCAGGCAGCACUGUGGCCAUUACAAGGGAUCCUGGUGACUGACAGUAGAAGACGGGAGAGAGACCGGACGACGAUCCGCCAUCCAGCAGGGGACGGCCCAGAGAAGCCGCUCCCCAUUACAACACCAGGCCCCAAAUACCCAGAGGCAGACCCGAAGACGGCAUCGGAGCAGACGUGCUACAACCCCCAGUGCUCAGAGCAGCAGCGACAGCAGCAGCAGCUCUGCCAGUGGAACAGCACCAGGAACCUCCAGUCGCUCCACGGUGCCCGAAGGCAGACACCCCGCCAGCCAGCGGGGGCGACCCCGGACGAGAAGCCGCUCACCGCUGGAACGUCCAGCCCCAGAUCCCCAGAGCCGGCCCCGAAGACGCCGCAGGAGCAGCCGUGCACCACAAACUGGUGCUGGGAGCAGCAGCAGCACCAGAUCUGCCAGGCGGGCGGCAUCGGGGUCCCCCAGGUCGGCAGAGGAGCGUGUGGAGGAGAAACCCCGGCACUGCUGGGGCAGCGACUCUCCAAGUGCUCGCUGUCGAAGUGCACCAUGUCUGCAAUGAAGCGGAAGGCUCCCGACUCGAGGGAACAAGCAUGCAUGCUGUGUGGCCGGGCAGAUGCUGACCCAAACAUCUGCGGCCCCAAACACAAAAGGAAUGGGCUCUGUGCCCACGCGUUUUGCCUGUAUUUUGUGGAUAGCCUUUCACGGCGUGGAAGCAUGCGCAAACACAUAGAGGGGUACCGUCCUGACGACAUCCGAUGCGCGAUCAAGCGGGCAUCCCAGAAGGUGAGGACCUGA